GAAUGAUAUUUACUGAUAAGAAAAGACUAGUGCACGCUGUUCAGUUGUAUAACCUGAAGCGCAAUCGAGAAUGCAGGGUUGUAGAAUCCAAAGGAAACAGUUGGGUGGCCGAGUGCAAGCACGGCUGCAACUGGAGGGUUCGGGCAACGAAGUUGAAAGACAAAGAUUUCUUUCAAAUUAGAAGGUUUGAAGCGCCGCAUCAGUGUGUGUACCCCAGAAUGAAUAGGGACAAUUGUAACCUCAAGUCCGAGGUCAUUGCUCAUUUCAUCAAGGCACAAAUUGCGAUAUCACCAGAAUUGCCUCUUGCUACCAUAAUUGAGGUUGUGAAAGAGAAGUUUCAGUUCACUAUAUCAUAUAAGAAAGCGUGGCUUGCAAGGACGAAGGCAGUUGCAAUGGUGUUUAGUGCCUAG